UCUCGGUUGCGCGAGCGUCUGACAGAAGUGGUGAGCGGCGGAGGUCAUGCGGAGGCUGUGAAUGAUGUCUGUGAUCCUGCCCACACUCUUGCUCUGCUUUUACGGCUUCUUCUCCAACCUGCGACCGUCGGAGCCUUUUCUCACUGCCUUCCUGGUUGGGCCUGACAAGAAUCUGUCCGAGGCACAGGUGGUCAACGAAAUCUACCCAGUAUGGACGUAUUCAUACCUGCUGCUGCUGUUUCCCAUCUUCCUGGCCACAGAUUACCUCUGCUAUAAGCCUGUUAUCAUUUUGCAGGCCACUAGCUUAGUAGUGACGUAUGUGAUGCUGCUAAAGGCUCAGGGCAUUCUGGCCAUGCAGAUGAUGGAGUUCUUCUUUGGCUUGGCCACAGCCUCAGAUGUGGCCUACUACUCCUACAUCUAUUCUGUGGUGGAGCCAGCUCUCUAUCAGAGAGUGACCGGCUACUGCCGCAGCACGACUCUUUUUGGCUCAGCGGCAGGCUCCUUGACUGGACAGCUUCUUCUGUCAGUGGGCAAAGUCCAGCAGAUCCACCUGGUCAUCAUCACUCUUGCAGCAGCUGUGGUCGCAUUUGUGGCCCCGUGGUCUCUCCCCAUGCCGCAGAGGAGCCUCUUCUUCCACAAGAAUUCACCUGUGGCUGCAGAGUCUCACAGUGGUGAAGAAAUGUCCCAGAAUAAAAGGAUGGAGAACCUAGAGAGCAAAGUCCCACUUAAUAAUGAAGCAGUGUCCCUGGUGUCCAACCUGUCUGUGAAGAGCAAUGCUCGCCGUGGUCUUCUGGAAGUGUUACACAUGCUGUUUCAAGACUUCCUACAGUGCUACAGAUGUCAAACCCUGCUGGCCUGGUCAAUAUGGUGGGCACUUGCCACAUGCGGCUACUUCCAGGUCAUUAACUAUGCACAAGCUUUGUGGGAGAACAUUCGGCCGUCGGUGAAAUACAGCAUCUAUAAUGGGUAUGUGGAGACCAUCUCCACGCUGCUGGGGGCUGUGGCUGCUCUCCUCGUGGGCUACCUGCCGGUGCGCUGGUCUUUGUGGGGGGAGUUAGUCUUGUGUUUCCUCUCCCUGCUGAUGGCUGUGUGUGUGUUCGUCAUGGACAUCACUGCAGACAUCUGGCUGUGUUACGGCUCCUACGUCAUCUUUAGAGCCACAUACAUGCUUCUCAUCACCAUCGCCACAUAUCAAAUCGCUGCUUCUCUGAACAUGCAGCGCUACGCCCUGGUGUUUGGAGUUAACACCUUCAUGGCUCUGCUGCUGCAGACGCUGCUCACUGUGGUGGUAGUGGACUCUGCUGGACUUGGGCUUGAUGUGUCCACCCAGUUCUUGGUCUACGGUGGAUACUUUGUAUUCAUCUCUGUGGUCUUCUUCCUGGCGGGCCUCUGCAAGGUCAUCUGUCGGAGACUUUCUGAGCAAGGACAGUCGAGAAGUCCAUCGGAGAUGGAGUCGGUGCCUUGCCCUACGGAAGAUAACUGUGGAGGUUACACCCCUUGUUCUCAAAGAGAUGACCAAAGGUCCUCCCAAGUAGAAAUGGAACCCAAAACAUAACAUUGUGAUCCAUACUGUGCCUUUGGCUCCUGUUGCUUGGAGUUGCGGCCAUAUGGUUUUGCCACUGGGUGGCAGAAUAGCCUGCUGUUAAACGCACAGCUCUGUUAGAGUAAAUUAUAGAGAUAAACCAAAUCCCCUUGAGGACAGGUGUUAAGUACUGCUGUCGUAACAGUUGUUAGUGCCUUGUAUGAAAAAUUAUCUGAUCUCACUGUCGUAGUGGUCGGUACCUUUACUUACUGAAUAACUACCAUCUAUCACAGCACAGCAAUCUCUAUACCUCUAGAUUAGUGGUGAUAAAAAUAUUUAAGAGUGGUAAUAUCACAUCCAUUACUGUUUCCUGGUUAUUUAUUCCCCUCCAUGGCUUGCGCAGUUGUGUGUAUAGUUUUCAUCCCCUAUCAGCUUUCUGUCUUCCAGUACACCAUUUUUCAUUUUGGUGAUCUUGAUGUGGCACUUACCAGCAUCUGUGUAUGAAUGUAUGUAUUAAAAUGGGUUUGUGAGUUUUUAGUGUGAAACAGUGACCAUUGACGACAGAUGACCUUUUCCUGCUGAGCAAGUCAGAACUGCCUAACGUCCCAUCAGAGGUUCAAGCAUUGUUUCUCUUGUCAGAUUUUUGUAUGAAUGUUUUCUUAUCCUGAAACACUUGAACAAUUGUAUCCUUUUGUACCAACCAUCCAAAAUUUUAUUUUUUUUCCCCCCACAUAUUUUAUGUAACUUACUGAAGGCCUUUUCUAAAGCAAGCAUGACUAUGUUUCCAUUCAAAAGUUGUAGCAGACUGUGAGGGGUCAGACGAGGUUCCAGAUGGCUGUGACUGUGGCCAUGACGCCAUUGAGAAAGGCAAUGCUGUAACCGAUUUGGAGAUUAGGACCAGAACCCUUCCUGGAGGUGGGGGAGCACAUGGGGACAGUCUCAGUGUUGUUGUCACUUCUGUCAUCAUUUUACUCCAGAAAAACACCAGAGAUUCACCUGAAAGUAGUCGACACCAGCCCAGGCCUGACGGAGACCAGAUAGGCCAGCAUCCACGAGGAUGUGGCGAUGACGCAUCCUGCCAGAAGUGACAUCACCAGGAUAGUCCAGAAACCUACACACAACAAAACCUUACAAGCUGCCCAUUUGGAAUCCCUUUCCAAUGACACUAUAUUAUUCCUAAUUGGGUUCACGGGGAUCAGAGGUCGGCUGUUGGAAACCAUUAGGUUACAAUAGACUGAAGCCUGUUCCGACAGAAUGAGGAUACAUUGUGUACCCAAGGUGAGGACGGCUUGAAUGUGGUGUUGAAGUCAAGCCUUAAUAAUGUUGGAAUUGUUCACUAAUCUGUCCACUGAGAUUUCUGCUCCGAUUCACAGCUUGAUCUAAUAAAACAAAGUCUCACUCAGCAUCUCUAGUCAUGACUA